AUGUCUGCUCUGUGGGUCUUGAUUUUGGCCGUGGCCUCUGCGGCCUGGGCACAGACGGUCGAAGACAAAGCCAGAGAAUUCUUGCAAAAAUUUGAUGAGGAGGCAUCCCGCCUUAUGUACCAGUACAGCCUGGCAUCAUGGGACUACAACACAGACAUUACGCAGGAGAACUCUGACAAAUUAGCGGUACAGGGAGCAAUCUGGAGCGAUUUCUACAAAAGUAUGUCAGAGCAAUCCACUGCUUUCCCCGUUGAUCAGAUCUCUGAUCCAGAAAUUCAGCUCCAGCUCGAAUCACUUCAGGACAAAGGGUCUACUGCAUUGUCACCUGAUAAAGCCAGUUAUCUAAGCAAAAUCAUGAAUGAGAUGAGUACUAUUUAUGGCACAGGAACUGUGUGUAAAAUCGAUGAUCCCUUUGACUGUCAGACCUUGGAACCAGGUCUGGAAAGUAUCAUGGCUGACAGCAGGGACUACUAUGAGCGGCUCCAUGUGUGGGAGGGCUGGAGGGUCCAGGUGGGCAAGAAGAUGAGGCGGCUCUAUGAGGACUAUGUGGUUUUGAAGAAUGAAGCAGCCAAGCUGAACAAUUAUCAGGACUAUGGAGACUACUGGAGAGCCAAUUAUGAAACAAUAGAUGAGUCUAAAUAUAGCUACACCCGAGAUGAAUUGAUGACGGACGUAAGACGCAUUUACAAAGAGAUUCUGCCUCUAUACAAAGAGCUUCAUGCAUAUGUGAGAGCCAAACUGCAAAAGACGUAUCCUGGCCACAUCAGCUCUAUUGGAGGACUUCCAGCACACUUGCUGGGUGAUAUGUGGGGAAGGUUCUGGACCAAUCUUUAUCCACUGUCUGUUCCGUACCCACUCAAACCUGAUAUCGAUGUGACGUCAGCAAUGGUAGAACAGGGGUGGAACGAACGAAUGCUGUUUGAAGAAGCAGAAAAGUUCUUUAUGUCUGUGAAUAUGUCUGCCAUGUUUGAUAACUUCUGGACGAACUCAAUGCUUGUAAAACCUACUGAUGGCAGAAAAGUGGUGUGUCAUGCCACAGCAUGGGACAUGGGUAACGGAGAGGACUACAGAAUCAAGAUGUGCACCAAGGUCACCAUGGAUGACUUCCUGACUGUUCAUCACGAGAUGGGGCAUAACCAGUACCAGAUGGCUUAUCGUCACCUACCCUACCUGCUAAGAGAUGGAGCAAAUGAGGGUUUCCAUGAGGGUGUUGGUGAGAUAAUGAGCCUAUCAGCUGCCACCCCAUCUCACCUGAAAUCACUGGGCCUUUUACCUGCUGACUUUAAAGAGGAUGCAGAGACUGAAAUAAAUUUCCUGUUGAAGCAGGCUCUCACAAUUGUAGCAACAUUGCCCUUCACUUACAUGCUAGAGGAGUGGAGGUGGCAGGUGUUCCAGGGCACCAUCCCCAAGGAGCAGUGGAUGCUCCGCUGGUGGGAGAUGAAGAGAGAGCUGGUUGGCGUAGUAGAGCCUUUACCAAGAGAUGAAACGUAUUGUGACCCACCAGCACUUUUUCAUGUAUCCGGUGAUUAUUCAUUCAUAAGAUACUUUACUCGAACUAUAUACCAGUUCCAGUUUCAGGCUGCCCUCUGUAAAGAAGCUGGCCACACAGGCCCCCUUUACAAAUGUGACAUCACAAACUCCACCGAAGCUGGAAACAAACUCAGGCAAAUGCUUGAGUUGGGUCGAUCAAGAUCUUGGACACGUUCUUUGGAGGAGAUCUCAGGAGACACCAGGAUGGACUCUCAGCCUCUGCUAAACUACUUUAGCACUCUGUAUGAUUGGCUUAAGGUUGAAAAUCAGAAAAACAACUGGCAACCAGGAUGGGACGUAACUGUUGAUCCAUACUCUAAGGAUGCCAUUAAAGUGAGAUUGAGUCUUCACGCCGCCAUGGGAGAAAAUGCUUACACCUGGAAUGACAACGAGAUGUACCUCUUUAAGAGCUCCAUGGCUUUUGCUAUGCGACAGUACUAUUUGGAGAAAAAGGGUGAAGUGGUGGAUUUCAAGGCAGAAAACAUCUACACAUACAAAGAAACGCAAAGAAUCUCAUUUUACUUUGUGGUGACUGAUCCCAUCGAUACAGCCAAGAUCAUUCCCAAAGAAGUAGUGGAGGCCGCCAUCAAGCUCUCUAGAGGUCGCAUCAAUAGAGUUUUCAUGCUGACUGAUGACACAUUGGAGUAUGAGGGCCUGCUGGCCACAUUCGCUCCUUUAACGGAGCCUCCUUUUGAAGUCUGGCUGGUUGUUUUCGGAGUGGUGAUGGCAUUGGUGGUUUGUGUCGGGAUUUACCUUGUGGGCACGGGUGUUGUAAACAGAAAGAGGAAAGCCAAGAAGGUCGAGGAACCUGAGAACCCAUAUACAGAGAUUGAUAAAGGAACAAUGAACAUGGCUUUUGUGAAUGACAGUAAUCAAACACAGUUUUAAUGACAUAUGAACCAUAUAAUGAAGAAAUGGUUCUUCAGACUUAAAAUUAGUGAGAGCUGCUUUUACUGUAAAUAACAGUUUUUGUAAAUGCAUUUUAAAUUAAUCUAUACAAACCUACAA